CCCAUCUCCCUCCCUCCUUCCCCCCUCGCUCUCUCCCACCCACGCCACCUGCCCUUGAGUCUUAGCCGCCGUUAGAAUAGCAGAGCAGCUGGAAUCCUCUGCUUCUUCACAGACUACAGCCACUGCCCUCUCCCUCUGUACUCUCUUUUCAUCUUCCAGCCUGUUACAUCCUCGUCCUCUCCACAUGCCUGCAGGGCUUUAUCUUCUUCUGCCGGACUGACCCGUGAUAGGAUGGGAGGUGCCGGUGCCAGCUCUGUGUGGCACAUGAACGUGCUUGGCUGUGCUGUGAGGCGGGCCGUCCUGGGACAGGGAUGCUGAACGGGGGGCGUGAGGGUCUGUUCGAGCUGGGCAGGCAGCUCCAGCGGGAAGGCGACUCGCAAGCCGCCCUGCACUGCUUCCUCAGCUGUCUGCUCGGCCUGACCCAUGUCCAGAGCUUCCACUCCCUGCCCAACUGCCUGCAUCAGAUUGCGGAACUCUUCAUUGAUGAGAAGAAUUAUGAGAAGGCGCUGAAGUUCAUUCAGGCAGAGAAGAUGUUCUAUGAAGUGGCAUUGAUCGAGCUCACCGCUCUGCAGGGGAGCACAGGCUCUCAGGAGGACGGUUCCCUUGGCUCUCCGGGAUGGCUCUCUCAGGAGGAGUUAUCAGAGCAGGCCUCGCAGGCCCAGGAUCUUGAAAGAUUGGCUCAGCUUUGCAUCAUGAGCAAAAGGCCCCAUCUUGCUUUAGAGUACAGCGGCAAGGCCACUAAAAUACACCAGCGGGCGUUUGGUAAUGAUCACCCCAUCACAGCCAGGAGUCUGGAGCUACUGGCCACUGUCUACGCUGAGAUCGGCAAGACAGAGUACUCAGACUCGUUGGGUCAGUGUGUGUCAGCUCUGUCAAAGAGGUUCUCUGCUGCUGAGUCAUACAGCAAUACACUCAAUGGCUUCUCUCACAGCCAUAAGGACAGACAUACUGAGCUCCGGCACAGGAAAGAAUCCCACCCACCACCAGACGCUCAAAAACCAAAGGUCAUCAACAGCAAGAUUCCUACUUCCAUCCUGAAGAGGACCAGUGUGGGCGGCAGUGAGUCAGACCCGAGCCACCGGCGGAAAACAGAGAGACGGGUUCGCUUCAGAGAGCCAGAGAUCAUCGUACAUGACAUUCCAUAUUAUGACUGUUUAGGAGCGUAUGACUCCUCCCAGAGCCGGCCCUACCUGGCCCUGCUGACUUGCCUGUUCCUGCUGCUUUCCGCACUGGGCUUGGCCCUGUACUGCACUGACCGCCGGCGGCCCCAUCGAGCCUGUGAGGACCUGCAGGCAGCGCUGGCCGUCUACCUGCUGCAGCUCAAGCAAAUCCUGUGGGGCUGCUGGAUCUGGCUCACCAUGCAGUGACCAUGCCUUGCCACUGAAGGCAACAGCGUUCUCCACCCAUACUCUUUGGAAGGAAUGCCAGUAGGUGGAGAAGAGGUGACUCAUGAGCCGCAAGCUAUGGGGACAUGGGAGAACCUGAAGCAGUCUGUGCUUUUUGGUGAAUAGGGAAGCACUUGGGGGAAAAAGGUUCAGUUUUUGUGGCUUCAAAUAACACAGCCACAAGGAAUGUUGGGAAAAGACGUUCUUCAUCCACCUUUAUGGUCCACUAUAGGUGAUCAAAGACCAUGAACUUCUGCACGCCACCUACACAUGGUGUUCUUAAGCCCUUUAUGAUGGCUCAGUUGAUGCCAUAUCAUCGUUUUUACUAAGAGGCAUAUAAAUCUCCAAUCUCUGUAGCUAUCCAUCUGUUCUUGUAGCAGUUGUGGUCAGACCGCAUUUCAUGUUUCUAAUGCUGUUUGUUGUCCCUGAUCCAAAGAAUACUUGCCUGGGAAUACUCAAUCACAAUAUCUGUGCAGUAUGUACAAAGUAUUCUUUGGAUUCAAAUCAAUACAUCAUGUUGAAUUUCACACCCACCUUAUGCAUCACCCUACAUAUCUCAGUUAUUCAAUCACCUGUGCUAGUUUUUCAUUUACUAUACAGUCUGUGAUUGUCUAUGUGCAAGAAAAACGAUAUUAUUUAUUUUACUAUUAAUCAAAUAUGCUUUGAAUACUGAAAUAUGCUUUGAAUAUUGCAUAAUUUCACUUGUAAAUAGGAAAUACUAAUGACUGUCACCUAAGUAAGCCAUGUUAAUGUGCAUAAAAUAUUUGAAUGUACCUGCAAUCGUGAAUACGAAACGGAAUGGCACAAUAGCUAUAUCUGCAUACCUACACUCAUUAUUUCAAAUGAAGGACUGUGAUGCAAAGUCAAGCACAAAUAUUUCCAUCUUUUGCAUUCACUCAAACUAGAAACAAAACUAUUUCACAAUGAAGAUGGCCAUAUUUUAUGCGAUGCCAGACUUAGUCUAUAUGGAAAAAGGGCAAAGCCAUUUUUAGUUUAGGAAAAUCCAGAUAAAAAAGAUGAUUAUUUCUAUAUUCAUGUCAGUUGAGUUCAUUUUUACAAGAACCAGCUGUACCAACUUGGCAUCAGUAUAACUAUGAUAAGUUUAUUUAUUUCACUAUUUUUAUAUGUUUUUUCUAGCUAUCCAUUUUCUAUAGUUAAUAUAAUUUAGAUUUUUUUUUACUGCUUUUAAAUUCAGUAUUUUAUCUUCGAUCUAUAUUUAACAACAUUAGUGGUGAGCAGUUUUUCAAUCAGACCUUUGUUUUAUGUCGUUUUGGAGAGGACAGAUUUUUCAACCAUUUCAAGCCAAGGACAUUUCCUUCACUCGCACAGUUACACAUUAAAUAGGUGUUCAGUACCAGCAAAAAUAAAAGUAACAAAAAAAUCCCUUUCUGUGGAUGUAAAUUCUUUAAUAUUACUCUUUGGAGCACACAGGUGAACUGAGCUAUAAAUUAAAUAUAAAUUGGCAUCAGUGGUUUAUUACUGACAUAAGAAGCUAAAAAUGACUGAGAACUAUUACACACUUCUCAAGGUAGAGUGUUGGUUGGUUUAAAAAUAAAAAGCCAAUAAGCCAAUAGCUUUGGUUGGAAGUGCUCUCUAUUUUGGAAGGCAUGAAGCACUUUAAAGUGUUUUUUGUGACAUCAGAAAUACACACACACACACACACAUCAUCUAAACCGCUUAUCCUUCGGGGUCGCGGUGGGGUGCUGGAGCCUAUCCCAGCUGUCAUUGGGCAGAAGGCAGGAUAACAUCAGAAAUAUAUUUGUAUAAUCUAUUUAGAUGAGGAAAUCCAUAUUUUACACAAAAAUGUCUGGUUAAGUUUUGCCAGUGUUGGCAAUGCCACAGCCAUCUGUAUCCAGGAGUACCAGAGAGCCAGAGAGUAGGAUGGGCCUUCUCCUCCCAUCACUCAGCACAAUGCCAGCCAAAGUCGAUGUCUGUUAGCCAACACAACAGAAUUGUCAGUUAGUGUUCUCCUUCAAGCAUGUUGAGCUGUCCAAUGACCUAGUGUUACCCUAGCAUGAUGUGAUUGCUGGUUUCACAUGUCUCUAAGGGCGCAUGUGCUAGCCUUCACCCUUCACCUUAGCUCUGUAGCAUUGUGUUGGCUAGCGAAUUGACUAUGAUUGAAUCGGAGAGAUAAAUGGGUUAAAAUUUUUAUGUAAAAUGAAAACUCCAACAAACCAGCUAACAUUGUUAAUCAUAAACAAAACUUGGUGCCAACAUGCUAAUUGGACCCCAUUACCUUUGAUUAACUGUCAGGCCAAUUAGCAUUUUUGAUCCUGUUAAUUAUUCUAUAUCCCUGGGCUACAGGAUCUAAGAAAAUACACCAGUAUAUUACAAAACACUGAGAGAAACUGAAACAAUUUCUAAUGAAAUUCCCUUCAAAAUAUACCCCAGAAGAAAUUAAUGUCUUAGACUCUUCUACUAUUUAAUUAGUUACAGUAUUUAGAUCCUUCACACUGUCUUGUGUGUGUUUUUGGGGCUGCACACACCACACAUUAAGACUCUUAGUUCUAUUGGGAUGUGAUGUAAAAUGAGCCACACAAAUGUAUAUUGUCAUAUACAGCAACUCAAAGCACUGUGAGACAUCUGGGUGGAACUAUGUGUCUGUUAAGGUCACACAAAAUAUCUGUAUGUGAGAACAACAGCAUUAAGUUAAGUAUAUCAUUGUAUAUAACUAUGUGUAUAAUUUGAGCUAUAUGCAACACACCUGUCCAUUGCAUAGCACAAUUUAAUGCUUACUCUACAAAUGUGAACUGUUUUAGUGGCAAUAUUUAGAUAAAAGGGAAAAUCAGCACAAAGGUUUGUACUUGAAUUCCCAAAGCAAUAUGAAAAACUGAAUUGGCUGUACACUGGUGGUUACUGGACAUAUACACCUAUUAAGCAAUAAAGUCUCUUCAAAUACA